AUGGACUCAGUAGAGAUGGUGCUUGAAGUUGGUGCCUGGUGACCACAUUAUUUUGACUCCUUUAAGAUGGAGCAAAAUAGUAAGAAUGUGGUCUCAGAUGAGCCCCAGGACACCACAAAAACAAAUGUCAACCUGUCCUCAUUAGACCAGGAAAACAUUAGUUCUUCCUUUUUAGAUUCAACUAAUAUUUGUGUUGAUUGGCAGGAUGACCAGCAAAGCUUCUGGAAUGAUCCCCCUCCUUUGAGCCACACAGCAGCACAAAAUGACAUUAGAAAAUAUGGCAACUUUCCACAGUGCUCAUCUUCAUUGGGAAAGCUGGAGGGUACCACCCAAAUUGGAUCCAAUACUGAAGAAAACAAACAAGAGGUAUGUGACUAUGUCCAUUCUCCACCAGACUUUUCAUCAGGAAGCAGGACUUCAGAUUCAUUUUUGUCAGCAUUAGCUCCAGACAACUGGAUACAAAUUGCUGAAGAUGACUUUGUCCAUGAUGACCAGCAAAUCAUGUCAAAUCUCCCCUCAACAACUGGAUCAGUAGAUUUUAACCAGUAUUUUUACAAUUGUUUGGGAUAUCCCUCUUCCUCACCCAUGUAUACCAUACAUGACAAAGGAAUGAGUGAUCGAAAUGAUCAUAAUACUGCCCAAGACAUCAGAAGACCCAGUGAUCUGUUUGAAAGACUAGAGGCACAAGACACCAGUGAAUACAAUCCACCUUCUUCAGCAACAUCCUCAAACGAUGACCUACUGGGUUCCAAUAAUCCCUGCAUUUUGAUUUCUGUAAGACCCAUACCAGAAGAUACCCAAGCCUCAGGUGACCGAUACAUCCCUACAGUUGUCCAAAUUCAAGAUGAAGACACUGACUAUUCAUCUGAACAAUCUUAUAGCUUGGUCUCAGAGAAGUCUGGAGAGACAUCAGAUUUGGAUGCAGAUAUGGCCGAGAAUGAGUCCCCCAUUCAAGGUCCACUCUUAGAGGGCAGCUCCUGCAAUGAGGUUGGAGGAGGGUCACAUUGUCCUGCUGGCAGAACCAAUCAGUUAGAUCUAUCAGAAAAUUACACUGUUUUGAACAGUUGUGGUCUGGCAGAAAAUGCCCCAGAAAAUCCAUCAACUCUUGUGUCUGACAGACCUCUCCGAGAUAGUCAGGAGAACUCAAACCAUACUUCAAUACUGACUUCAAGACAAUCCAGCUGUUUUUCUGUGUGUCUAUGGUUUCACCACUUAGCGUCCAUUAUUUUAGAGUACUUGAGGAAGGCUUUAUCCUGUAAGGAUGAGACAGAAAUGAGGGAGCAAAGCUCUCAUGACAUUUCCUUCAGUAACUCUCUACUGACAGCAAUAACAUCACUAACCCCAGAUUAUCAGCCAGUAUCAGGUGACGAUUCUCUCCCUCUUCAAGAACAAGAUAAAGACUCAAAUUCUGAGCAUCAUUCUCAUUCAUUGAGUAUUGAAUAUGUGUCAGAUCCUGACACCAGGACAGCAGAGAACACAUCCUCCUUGGCUGGUGGAGCCCCAAAAAGAAACCUUUGCCUUGAGACCAAGUCUGACAUCUGUGAGUGCAGAACCACGUCUCUGACUACAAUGUUUCAAAGCAAAGAUGAGGACUUGUGUUAUGAUAACAACUCAGAGCAUACUUGUUCCCUAACCUCUGAGAGUUGUGGAGAGGCUUACGACUCAGAUGCGGAGAUGGCAGGAAGUGAGUCUUCCAGUCCUAGCCCAGAGAAAAGACUCUGUUCUGAGACGACGUCUGAGGCCUGUGAUAGUAUCAACAGUCUUCUCCACCACUCAGUCGAUGAGAACACUAUAUACAUCAGAGAAAACAUUAAUGACUUAAUGUCUCAAAAAACCUGCUUCUGCCAAAAGGAAAGAACAUCAUCCCUGUGUGAAAGGACCUUCCCCGGUGAUCGAAAAAGAACCACUUCCCCAGGACAAGGCAGUAGACACCAAACAGUGCAAUCUAGAAAAGUGGCAAAGAAAUCCUCUACAGCUCAGGGGCAGUCGAGGAGAGACUCCACUGAUGAGGAGUCUGUUUCACCUCCAAAACAGAGGAGGAACAUGUAGGAGAAGUAAACUGUAACUAAAACAGUAAACUCUCCACUGACACUCUCCAAA